UCAAUGAUAAAUAUUUCAAUAAUCUUUCCGAAUAACUAGGCCGAUAUACACUUGUUCUGUUAACAUGCAUUAGAAUUGGUUCUCCUCAUGCAACAUUAUUGCUAAGGAUCCAUCCACCUAUCAGUGCCUUUCAAGACUGACACUUCCCUCAGCCACUUAUAAGUUAUAAAUUAUUGAUAGGAUAGCUGACAGGGUACAUCGCUUCAGCUUGUAGGUACCAAUCGUACAUCCAUCGCUUGGUUUGUGAAUCAAGAUAUGCUGUUAAUGGAAUAGGGGACUGCUAAAUGGGGUUGGUGGAGGUGGCAGUAUACCUUUUCGAAUGUGAUACAUCUAACAUCGACCGAGCGCAAUGAACACACGGCCUGGCUUGACUUCUAUGAUAUCGCACCAAUAUAGGGAAAACGAGUUACAUUUGCUCUCGGUAGUGGUGUGUUGUCGGCGAGUUCCUCAUAUAGUUUAUUUCCGACACUGUGAUAUCCGAUGCAAAAAUUUCACAUCUACACCGGCGAGUGGAAUGGUGCUUCUGCUGCUGAAUCUGAAUAGGAAUUGAAGCUGUAGGUAUACUAUUGAACCGUAGCCACACGAAUACCAGUGCGGCGCACGCGUUCGUGUGUCCGUGCGAUGGUAGCGCUUCGGUCGGAUAAUAAUUAUUGAAUUGAAAGUUUUUUUUUUCGCCACAUUCGUCUCUGAAAGAGGUACAGAGAAACAAUGAUGUCGGCGUAUGUUUUAAUUUUAAUUGUGAGUUAAAAAGUUGAUCUAACCAAUUUGCGAACAAAAGUGACCUGAAACGCGUCGAAAGUAUCGGGAAAAGUGAGCUAAGGUGAUUGUGUGCAUCGAAAUGAUGGAAUUAGGCCGAUUUGGGUCCGGAAUCGAUCGGAAAAAAGACGAUGAAAAUUAAUCAAUGAGACACCAGUCGAAAGUACUGCUCAUUCGCCAUCAUUCGGGGCCUAACAUCACCUCCCGGCAUAGCAUCGCACCGUAGUGUCGCUAAAUAGUAUAAAUUAUCUAUUCCUUUUUUUCAUUCCGAUUUUAAUUCGCGUUUCGUGCAAAUACACCAACAACCACUUCGAAAGCCGCAUUGAAAGUGAAACACACCACCAAACAACGAAUUUAGAACGACCAGGAAUUAACUCUGAAUGAAACAUGUGUAACAUAUAUUUCGCAAAUCGAUUUUCUUUUCGAUAGGAAAAGCACCGACAUCAACCAAUGAGUCAGUCAGAAGAUACAAGUGAAGCGGAUAGCAUUUUUUCAUUAAAUUGCUAAACGUUUUGUUAGCAACCGCAGAAGAAAAAACGGCAGAAAUAAAACCUACCGGAAUCAACGGUAGUGUAGUGUUUUCGUAGUUAGGACCGGACGUCGAUAGUUAGUUGCAGUCCAGCAACUUUUUUAUAACGUAAAUAAUGGACGCCUACUAUCGAUACGAUCCGACAGCCCCUCGUGGCAUGGGACCGCCCGGUAAUGCCGGUGGACCAUAUGCCAGGCAUCGGGCACCACACCCGAUGCAACAGCAGCAACCACAGUCUCAGUACCCUGCCUACCAGCCGGCAACGACGGACAAUAUGUAUUCGAUGCCGGAUCAUAACGCCGCCAUGGGUGGUAUGGGGGACAGUCUGUGGGGUGCGCAGCCGCCUCCACCACCGCAGGCCAAUCCGUACGCUGCCCCCAUGGGCUACGGGCACCCGCAGGCACCGCAGCCAACCCAGCGUCAAACGCCUACCAGCUAUCGGCAGCACAUGAGCGGCUAUCCUCAGCAGGACACAUCAAAGCUUCAGUACCCCACACAGCAAGCGAUGAUGGGCGGCAUGAUGCCACAGCAGGGCUACGGAUCGCUAAGUCAGCCUCAACAACCGACUCAGCAGCAACAACAACAGCCACAGCAGCCUCAGCAGCAGCAGCAACGUGUUUCACAGCAUUACCCUCAAGCGGGUCAUUCUAUGUAUCCGGGAGCGCCAGUAGUUCAACCACAAUCUGCCACGGCACAAACCGGAUACGCUUCAUACGCACCCACCAUGCAGCAGCACACCGGUCGAUCGGCACAGCAUGUGUACACUCAACAUCAGAUCGAUCAGAGCGCGUACGGGCAGCAUAUGAGUGCCAGCCAGGUUCCCACAAGCCUACAUCAAAUGACUACCCCGCAGCAGCAACCUCCGGGACAAUUGCCGGGACAGCAUCCUCCCCAGCAAUCACAUCUGCCUAUACCUGGCCAAUCACCGCAAACGCAGCAACAAAUGCAUGCCAGCCAAAUGCAGCCCGUUCAGCAGCAACCUCAACAAACGCAGCAGCAGCCAACGCAUGGAAGUCAGCCAUCUCAUACCCAAGCUCAUCCCCAGCAACAUCCAGGGCUAACGAGCUUGAAUUCCCAACAAAGCCAACAGCAGAAUAGUUUGCUGGGGAGUCAACACCCCGGUUUGGUUCACUCACAACAACCAACCAGUGGUGGGCUGAUGCACAGCGCCAGUGCGCUAGCAACAGCAAUGUCACAAUCUCAGGCCAAUCAACAGCCGGCAGGCCAUCACAGUACUAGUACUUUAGGAGGACAUCAAAUGUCUCACAGUACGUUAUCCAGUGUGCCCGGUUAUGGUACGAGUGCCCCACAGCAGCAGUCGUAUCUGCCGAACGCCACCAAACAGCAACCACAACAGCACGGAAGCAGCCCUCAGUACCGAGCGCCGUUCCCUCAGCUUUCGCCGCAAAUGUCACCGCGCCCGCCACAAAUGUCCCCCCACACGCAGAUGUCUCCCCGGCCGGUUAUGUCUCCGGCGAAACCGCCCGGCAGUGUCGCAUCGCAAGCCCCACAAACUACCCUACCCACUACCAUGUCACCGCACCCCCAUCUGGCCGGCAGCUCCGGCGGAAACAUCCAGAGUCCACGGCCGCAACAGUCGAUGCCGGUCACGAAGCUGACGACGGCUUCGGCUUCCGGCCCGGUGAACACUCUGCAAGCGCUCGAACAGAUGGUGAUGCCACCGUCCGCUGCAGCAGCAGGUUUGGAAUACUCUCAAGCUGCAGCGUACCGAGGGCCUCCUCAUCAGCAGCAAAUGCAGAAUAAUCCUCUUUCCCCGUUAGGCCCACGGUUGCCGAUGUCCCCACAGCAUCAUCAACAGUGGCCCCCAAUGGUGCAGCGACCUGGUAGUGGUGGAAUAAAUGGCAGUGCUCACCAUGGCAUGCCCCAACAACCUCCACAACAACAACAACCACAGCAACAGCAGCAGCAACAACAACAGCUUGGGAAUCAGCAUCUUCCUCCGAUGCAUCCCCAUGCUCCGCAUUUACAUGUGUCACAAGCCUCCCAUCCGCCACCUCCGCACGCUCAACAGAUCUCACAGUUGAACGACAUCUCCAGUCUGAUACCGCCUGUGUCGCAAACGAUGCCUGUGAUACCGCCAACUCAAGGCCCUCCCACAGGGCUACAGUAUAGCAAUCUAGAUGAUAAGAGUCUCGUUGACCCAUCGGUUCAGCAACAACAAUCCCAACAGUCGCAACAGCAACAACAGCAACCACCUGUACAUAGUCUCCACCAGCCCCAUUUAUCGCAGCCUCAGCAACCACCCCAACAACAACUUCCACCAAUGCACCAACCCCAUCAACUUGCUCCGCAACAACAACAGCAGCAACAACAAAGUCAGCAGCAACCGAUGCUGACACAACUUCAGCCACCCUCACACCUGUUGCAACUUCAGUCUCAGUCACCGUCUCAGCAGCAUCAGUCAUCGCAUCUGACGACAAUGCAACCAAUGGCUGUUCAGCAGCAACCACCUCAAACAACUCCAUCUGUUCCUUCGUCACACUCGAUUUCCCAACAGCUGCAAUCUCCAUCAUUUAAUGAUGAGAUGAUGAUGUCGCCUAGCGGCCCGAGUCAACAACAGCAGCAGCAACAACAACAACUGCACCAACAACAGCCAGUCCCACAACAACAAUCACAACUCAUACCUAGUGCCACAACAGUACCAAGUAUUCCAACCUCGGUAGCAUCUCCGAUUGCAGCACCAACAAUCACACAGCAAGCUAUGCCCGUUCCUCAAGCAUCUCAUUUGAGCGAAAUGCAGACGCUUCCAUCGGUGACGCCUGCUUCGAUACAACCACAACACCAAUCGCAACAGCAGCAGCAACAACCACUACACAACAGUACAGCUUCCUCGGUAGAGCUUCCACCGAUUUCAACCUUAACGUCGGUCGAACCAACUGUAACCGCAACAAGUGUGGAUAGUGAAACGCCGGCUAGCAAUACCGACUCCCAGCAACAGCCAUCAGCGGAUCUCAGUCUAAUUGACAGUCUUACGUCGAGCAACGCCAAUGAGGCUCCUUCCAGUUUGGGAGCAGCUGGAUCCAUACCGGAAUCAGCCGUAAGCGAAACGGACAGCUUACAGCAGCGGCAUUCCGUCUCUGAACAGAACAGUAGCAACGAAGAAUCACGGGACAGUAUCGUUCCCGCUCCGGCGGAAUCCAACACUGACGAGAGCAAGUCUUCAAGCUCCCUGAUGUCGGGGACAGAUUUCGAAACGAUGAAUCAGACCAAUAACGGAACAGCCAAUUCUUUGCUGAACUCGGAUGCUGGUUUGGAUGAAACGAUUCGGGAAAGUCAAACGCUUGGAUUGGAAGCUGCCAAUGUUGAAACGAACGAAAAACGUGAAGAUCCGUAUCAUUCGGAUAACUCAAACCAAGCACCAACUUUCGAUGCUAAAAAGACUGAAAUUUCCAUGGAUUCGGCGACUGCCCCGGAACCUAUUACAUCCGUUGUACUGACGGAACUCCAAGCACCAGAAGUGACGACGGCCUCCACUACGACCACAAGUCCAGAACAAUCGGUACCGACAUCUACCACUACACCAACCUUACCGACUACGUACCCCAAUCAAACGGAACCGAUGCCCGGGGAACAGAUCAUUUCGACCAGCACGCCGGCAACGACUAUACCUACAAAUACGACUCAAAUGCCACCGCAGAUGCAUCCACAGAUGUACGGUCCAAUGGGUCCUGCGUCAGGGCAGGCUCCACCGAUGUACGGAAUGCAUAUGCCUCCAGGUGGUCCCAUGAUGCACGGUGCUCAUGGACCCCCUGGAAUGCAUGGCAUGAUGAGCCCGGAUAUGAUGAACUCCUACCAGACACCAUACCAAUCACAUGCCCAGGAACGAUCCGCUCUCCAACAACAACUGCAGGAUCUGUACAAACUUCCAAUGGCCGAUAAUCAAGAUAAGGUUAUGCGCCUACAGGAACGUAUUGCCGUACUUCAACAGCACGAAACCACCGACGGAUGCCAGGGUGGUCCUCAGUGUAUGAUGCAGAGUCACUCAAUGUACUCUUCCGCCAUGAUAGACAGUCCGCAGGUCACCAGCACAACUGGUCGCCGUGGGCGAACUCCUUCCAACAAACCGCGAAAGCCCCGCUUGAAGAAGGCAGAAAAACUGGCUCAGGAAGCAGCUGCGGCUGCCGCAGCCGCUGCUGCUGCUGCAUCGGCUACCCCAACACCGGUACCCGGACAACCUCAACCACCACAGCAACCUUUGGUUACUUCCGGUGAUGAAACAUCUCAAACCCAAACGACCGUUACGGCCCUGCCGGUAUCGGAAGACUCCGUUACUGCAGGAACAGGACUCUCGGAGGUAACUUCCGAAAGUUUCAACGAAACGCUGAAUGAAACCGAAUCUCAAGAUAAUCUCUCGGUGGGCGAUCUGGACACUUCAACGGAUGCCAGCGGGAAGAAACUGAAAAAGCCACGGAAACCCCGAGAACCGAAGGAACCGAAAGAGCCGAAGGAGCCCAAGAAACCUAAAGAACCAAAGGAAAAGAAGGAACCGAAGAAAAAGGAACCCAAGGAGACGACGGACAAAUCCAAGAAAAAACGUGGCAAAAAGGGAGCGUCCGAGGGGGAUAAUUCUAUGUCCAUGGAUGCUAAUAGCCAGGAUCACGAUCAGGAGCUUUCGAAAGCCACCAGUGAAGCGGACGAGAAUCAAACUCUGGCUUCGUUGAUGCAUUCACAGAACUCAACUGAUGCCACCAGCGGACCUGACAAGGAGUCCAAACCGGAAGAAACCGAAGAUAAGGCUGAUAAAGACGAAGUGACUGAUUUUGACGACAUUCCAGUGUCUAAGAUUCCGAUUAAGGCUUUGUUAGAAGAAGGUGAAGCUAAAGAAAAGGAGGAGAAUGAAGAUAGUUUGGGUGAAGGAGCGGAACCUGAAGGGGAAACACCGAAAAAGAAAAAGAGUAGCAAGAAGAAGGAACCAGGAAGUGGCGAGAGCAAGAAAAAGAGUUCGUCGAGCUCGAGAAGUAAGAAAUCAUCCGGUGGAAGCAGCUCCAAGAGUCGAUCACGUCGGAUACGGAUGACUGUCGAAUCGGACGGAGAAGGUGAUGACCUGAUGAGCACUCCACCUCCGUCACCUCCGCCUGAUGCGGAGAUCGACAGUUCAAAACGUCGAUCAGCUCGAAAUACCCAGCGGAAGAAAUACGUUGACGAUGUAAUGCUUCGAUUCUCGGAUGACGAAUCCGGUAUGAUCUCUCCCAUUCCGACCACUCGGAAGGAGAAGAAAGCUGAAGCCGAGAAAAAAGAUGCGGAUAGUAGUGGAGAAGGCGCUUCCGCUGCGGGUGCGUCUACUUCCGAUGCGGCCGUUGCGAGCACUAGUGGAGCUGGUGCGGAUGCAGCAGAUGGAGAAGAGGUCAGCACUACGGACGCCAAACCGGAAACAAGCGGUGAACCGAAACCGGAGGAAGUUAACAAGCCAAAUUACGUGUAUGUCAACACUGGAGAUGAAGAUUCAAUGGUGGUACACUACGUCCUGGCCGUCCGAAUGGGCAAACGGGAGCUAAAACCGGAUCCACCACCACCGCCACCGAAGGAAAAGACACCCGAACCGACGGAAGAGGAGAAGAAAACCGAAGGCACUGAAGAAGGAGAGGCUUCCGAUAAGAAAGAAGGCGAAGAAGGUGAAAGCACUGAUGCCGAAAAGAAGCAGGAUGGUGAGGAGGAACCCAAGAAGGAGACUGAAGAAGGUGAAGAUGAGAAGAAAGAAGGCGAAGAACAAGAAGUGAAAGAAGAUGAAGAAUCAAAAAUGGAAGUGGACGAAAUGGUUGACAAGGAAAAGCAGGUGGAAGAUGAAGAGCUGAAGAAGGAAGAAGUAGAGAAGGAAAGUGAGUCGAAGACAGAGGAAAUGGAGACGGAUGAAUCGGAAGAGCCUAAGAAGGAAGAUGUUGAAGAAAGUGAGGAUAAACCAGAAAAGGAAAAGAAUGAUGAGAAGGCUUCCGAAGAUAAAGAAGAUACAGAAGAAGCUUCAGCCGAGAAGAAGGAAGACAAAGAAAAGAUGGAGGUUGAUGAAGAUAAAAAGGAUGAUAAAGAAGAGAAGGUUGAGCUUAAAAAGGUAGAAGAUAAACCAGAAGAAAAGAAGGAGCCACCUGUGUACAUCGAUGUUGAGGAAUACUUUGUCAAGUACCGUAACUUCUCCUACCUGCACUGUGAAUGGCGUACUGAAGACGAACUGUUCAAAGGUGACAAACGGGUGGGAAAUAAAAUCAAACGGUUCUUGCAGAAGCAGCAACAGCAACUUAACAUCUUUGAGUCCCUGGAUGAGGAACCGUUUAAUCCAGAUUUUGUCGAGGUGGAUCGUGUGCUAGACGUAUCCGAGCAUACCGAUGAUGAUGGAAAAACGGUCAAGCAUUAUCUGGUGAAGUGGAAGAGCUUACCGUACGAGGAUAGCACCUGGGAGCUAGAGGAUGACGUAGAUCUUCCAAAGAUUGAUCAGUACUACAGAUUCAACAAGAUCCCGCCGAAGAGCGAGUGGAAAACGAAGAAACGGCCACAUCCGGAUCAGUGGAAGGCCCUCCCAGAGAGCCCCACGUACAAGGCUGGCAACAGACUCCGGCCUUACCAGCUGGAAGGUUUAAACUGGUUGCGAUACUCGUGGUACAAAGGAAACAAUUGUAUUUUGGCCGAUGAAAUGGGUUUGGGCAAAACUAUUCAAAGCUUGACGUUUGUUCAUUCGGUUUACGAGUAUGGAAUUCGAGGGCCGUUCCUGGUGAUUGCCCCCUUAUCGACUAUUCCCAACUGGCAGCGAGAGUUCGAAGGGUGGACGGACAUGAAUGUGAUCGUUUACCACGGCUCGGCCACCAGUCGGCAGAUGAUCCAGGACUACGAGGUGUUUUACCGGUAUGAAAACGGAAAAUACAUCAAGGACAUCAACAAGUUCAACGUGCUGAUCACGACUUUUGAGAUGAUCGUCACCGAUUACCAGGAUUUGAAGCCGUUCAAUUUCCGUGUGUGCGUCAUUGACGAAGCUCAUCGUUUGAAGAAUCGAAAUUGUAAAUUGCUGGAAGGCCUCCGGCAAUUGAACUUGGAACAUCGUGUGCUCCUUUCCGGAACACCUUUGCAGAAUAACGUGAAUGAGCUUUUCUCGCUAUUAAACUUCCUAGAACCUAGCCAGUUUUCGUCAAACGAUGAAUUCUUACGAGAAUUCGGAAGUCUCAAAACGGAAAGCGAAGUGCUCAAACUGCAAGCUCUCCUGAAACCGAUGAUGCUUCGACGUUUGAAGGAUGACGUCGAGAAAUCCCUCGCUCCGAAAGAGGAAACCAUCGUCGAAGUGGAGUUGACCAACAUCCAGAAGAAGUAUUACCGAGGAAUCUUGGAGCAGAACUUCUCGUUCCUGAUGAAGGGAACGACUUCGGCGAACAUUCCCAAUCUAAUGAACACGAUGAUGGAGUUGAGAAAGUGUUGUAUUCAUCCGUACUUGCUGAAUGGUGCGGAGGAUCAGAUCCAGUACGAUUAUCGCCAGCAGCAUGGCGAUGACGCCGAAGCCUACUACAAGAACUUGAUCGUUUCCUCCGGUAAGAUGGUGCUGAUCGAUAAACUGCUCCCGAAACUAAAAGCGAAUGGUCAUCGGGUGUUGAUUUUCAGUCAAAUGGUUCGCUGUUUGGACAUUCUGGAAGAUUACUUGAUCUACCGGAAGUAUCCCUUUGAGCGAAUUGACGGUCGAAUCCGAGGAAAUCUCCGACAAGCGGCCAUCGAUCGCUACUCAAAACCUGAUUCCGAUCGAUUUGUAUUCCUCCUGUGUACAAAGGCUGGAGGUUUGGGAAUCAAUUUGACCGCAGCUGACACGGUUAUCAUCUACGACAGCGAUUGGAAUCCGCAAAACGAUCUUCAAGCGCAGGCUCGUUGCCAUCGUAUCGGUCAGCAAAAGAUGGUUAAGAUCUACCGUCUACUGUGUCGCAACACGUACGAGCGUGAAAUGUUUGACAAAGCUUCGCUGAAACUGGGCUUGGAUAAGGCCAUUUUGCAGAGCAUGAAUACCGCUCAGGGAGGUAAAGACAACACCAAACAAUUGUCCAAAAAGGAGAUUGAAGAUCUCCUGAAGAAGGGCGCCUACGGAGCAGUCAUGGAUGACGAUGCCGGUGAUAAGUUCUGCGAAGAAGAUAUCGAUUCGAUUCUACUCCGCCGAACGCAGGUCAUCACGAUGGAGAGCGAAAAGGGAUCGACUUUCUCCAAAGCUUCCUUCGCUGCGGCGGCCAACCGAAGCGACAUCAACAUCGACGAUCCGGACUUCUGGAACAAGUGGGCCAAGAAGGCCGAGAUCGAUCCGUCGGCAUGUGAGAAAGACGAAACCGAGGACCUGGUCAUCGCGGAACCUCGAAAGCGCACCCAGAUCAAACGGUACGGACACGACGACGGUGUGAUGGACAUGUCGGAUGAAUCCUCCGGCGAGCACGGAAGCGAAGGCGAGGAAGGCGGCGGUGGUCUGAAGACCCGAAGCAAACGCAACCGCGGCAAGGACAAAAACAAGAAGCAGCAGGUCGAGAAGGAUGAGUACAUCCCGCGCGAUCGAGAUACACUGGCGGCACUUGGAUUCGAUGAGGUUUCCUACGGGAACUGGGCUCGUUCGGAGCUGUUCAAGGUCGAGAAAGGAUUGCUCUCGCAUGGAUGGGCCCGCUGGACUGAAAUAUUGGAACAGGGUCAGUUCAAGCGUGGUUGGCGUGAGCAAGACAUCGAAGAAUGCUCCCGAAUCAUACUGUUGUACUGCCUCGAUCGCUAUCAGGGAGACGAGAAAAUCAAGAAUUUCAUUUGGGAACUGAUCACACCCUCGGAAGGUGGUGAAACACGUGAGAUCGCUCGCAAUCAUAGUGGAUUGCAUAACCUGGUACCCAGAGGACGGAAUGCUAAAGGACGCAAAUCUGCGAAUCCCGCAGCAGGAGGAACUCCCACGCUGAAACGCGAGGGAAGCGUCACCGAUGUGAACGAAGACGGUUCAUCAAACUCAUCCGGCACACAGAAGGAGCCGAAACCUGGCAAGUCCGGUACCGAUUCGGGUGGGUCCAAUACUCCGACCACCGAUCCGAACCACUGGAGCAAGGAUGAAAAGUACGACGCCGAAAAUAUGCUGGAUGUCAACUACAAGAAGCAUCUUACCAGACAUGCCAACAAAGUGCUUCUUCGCGUUCGGAUGCUGUACUACAUCAAACACGAAGUCCUCGGUGAUUUGGUGACGCAGAUCCAAGAGGGUGCCAAUGCGAGCGAUCUCCCUAUUCGCCCACCGCCGACGCCCGACCAGCUGCCGUGCUCGUGGUGGAAUCCAAAUUGUUGCGAUCGCAGUCUUUUAGUCGGCACGUACAAGCAUGGCUGCGAAAACUACCGCGUGAUGCGGGCGGAUCCGAUGCUCUGCUUCCAGAGCCACUGCGGUCCCGGCGACGGAAUCGUCGAGGAAACGACGAUUGUCAAAGAAACCGACGACGAUGCCAACUCCAAGCAAGGAGACAACGAGGAGGACCCAGAGGACGGACCCUCGGAGGCCCGUUCCUCGUCGGCCGGCGUCGAUUCCAAAGACGAUGAUGAAGAAUCCACAGCUGGUACCGCGACAAGUGCUGCGCCUACGCCGGCCCCGUCGGAAACCAACCCGGAGCUGAUUUGGCCCACGAUGCAGGACCUGAACACGCGGCUCCGGCGGGUCAUCACUUCCUACCAGCGCAACUACAAGAAGGAAGAACUGAAACAGCAACAGAAGGCGAAGCUUCAGGCGAUUGUACCGCCGGCGUCUUCCCUGGGUGGCCAAUCGUCAUCGAACCCGUCGACGCCUUGUACCACCCCUGGACCGGCCAUGAGCGGUAGUCUCACUCCGCAGCACCAGCAGCAGCAGCAGUCCCAAUCGAUGCAAAUGAUGGGCUCCCAGCAGCAACUUGGAGGCACUGGUGGUGCAUCAAGCUCCUCCUACGCUGGCACUAGCGGAUUGAGCAAGAGCCAACAGCAGCAAGCAUCGGUCGGCUCUGGGGGUCUUUCCCUAGGGGCGAGCACCCCAACCGGUGGAAUGCCUACGGCCGCUGAUUUCAGUCUCAUGCUGAGCCUGGGGCUGGGCCUCAAUCCGGCCGAUGCUUCGCAGCUGGCCAAUCUCGAUCUGCAAAAGUUAGCCAUGUACUUGAAAAUGGAACGUCGCGAAAAAACGGAACAAGUCAUGCGUGAACGGGAACGCGUCCGUUUGGAGCAGAUACCGAAGAAGUGGACCCGCCGCGAAGAGAACGAGUUCAUUCGCGUUCUCACCGGGUACGGUAUUGAUCUGAUACCGAACACAACCGUUCCGACACCCGAUUGGUCAAGGUUCAAAGUGUACGCCAAGCUGGACAAGAAAUCGGACGAAAAUCUGAGCGAUUUCUACAAGGUGUUCAUCGCGAUGUGCAAACGUCAGGCUGGCGUCAAGCUAAACGACGAUGAAAAGGGUCUGGAGGGCUUGGUGGACGACGUGACCGAGGACCACGCCAAGUUGAUUCUCGAUCGACUCGAACUGCUAUCUAAGGCUCGUGAAAUCAUCAAACAUCCCAAGCUGGAGGAAAACAUCAAGCUGUGCGAGAACAACUUGGACACCCCUGACUGGUGGAUCUCGGGUAAACACGACCGAGAACUGCUGCGGGCAGUACUCAAGCAUGGUAUCUAUCGCUCGGAGCAGCUGAUUCUAGCGGAUCCUGAGUUCCCCUUCUACGAGGCAGCUAAAAAGUAUCUGCAAAACCUGGAACUCCAAAUUCAACUACAGAACCAGCAGUUGAUGAAAAUGCAGGCUGCCAAGGCUGAAGCAAGCGAGAAAGCUGAAUUGGCAAUGAAGCUGGAAAAGGGUGACGGAUCGCUUAAGAUUGAGAAAAUUCCAAUCAAAAAGGAAACAGACAGUACUCAGGACAAAGACGGUGACAAAACUGACGUCGAACAAAAGGCAGAAGUUAAAGUUGAAGAUGAUGUUAAGAAAGAGCAAGAUGACAGCAAUGUUGAUUCUAAGGCAGAUGAUACAUGUCAGGACCUUAAAGAAGAAGUCAAAGAAGAGAAGUCUGACGAAAAGUCUUCUAAUGACGAAGAUAACAAAAUGCAAGUUGAUGAAACGUCUGCGGAGGUAAAGGAUAAAGACUUGGAAGAUAAAGAUGAUGGUGAUGUAGAUAAACAAGAAGAAGCAAAGUCAGCUGAUAAGGAUAAGAAACCAGAAUCUAUGGAAGUUGACGCAGAGCAGAUGACCAAGGAGGAAACUUCUGCAGAAAAGGAUGAUGCGAAGAAGGAUGAACAAAAUGAAAAUUCAGAAAAGUCAGGAGAUCCCGCUGAAACAGAACAGAAAUCCGAUGAGACCACCGCAGCGGAACAGCCGGCGAAAACUGAAGAGGACGCAUCACCUUCCAAGAAGGUCGAUGAACCGGAAACGGCGAAGAAGUCAGAAACCGACCGUGAGUCUUCCCCGGACGUAAUCAUACUGGAUGAACAAAAAGCUGAUGUCAAACCGAAUGUUUUGAGCGAUGAGGAGAAAUGCUCGAAACAGGCGGCUGACUUGAAGGCUCGUUUCCCAGAUCUGGAAGUCUUCCAACCGUUGAUGAAGCUGAAGCAGUUGGAUAACAGCGUAUCGAAGGAGGACUUCAAGAAUAUGAGCAAAUUCGCCAGCAUGAUCGACACCUCGAUGAUCGUGAAGUGGUUCCGUGAUUUUGCCCUCGAACGCCGAGUCGGGCACAUCAUCUACUGUGUCGAGCACGGCGAGUGGCCCGUCGGUAAAUCCUACUCUGCCUACACCGGAUGCCUGGGAAUUGAUCUGGACAUUCCGUUGCACGAGACGAUCAAGCGUAUCAUCUCGGUCGAUGCCGAUACCCGGCGGUCGACGUCCAGCACGCCGGACGUGAUUACGAUCACUACCGACCAUGCCGGAGCGAAACAGAUCAGCCAAGCGGCCAUGAAUGCCCAAUCGGCUGCUGCGGCGGCGGCUGCCCUCUCGGCAGUCGGUCUCGGUGGCAGCGGAUCGGCAGCAGGUGGUACACAGGGCCUAAGCCAAAGUCAAAUGGCAGCUGCGGCUGCUGCGGCCGCCGCUGCCGCUGCCAAUGUUUCGCUCUCGUCAAGUAAGAAACAACGCAAGAGACACAUUGCUAUUGAUGUUGAAACAGAAAGGGCCAAAUUGCAUGCUUUGUUGAAUAAUACUCAGAGUCCAGUAGCACCUGGUGCCGGUGGUAACAAGUCUCAGCCUCCUCCACUGCAGUCGGUGCUGUCAUGGCACGAUGAUGAACUCGUUGAUGUCCGUCGAAGUGGUUCAGCGGGUGGUUCGAGUGCACUGCAACCUCCGCCGGCUCAUCAGCAUGGACCGCGUAAUCCACCGACCUACUCGAAGCCAACACUCAUCCCCGGCACGUCCAGUACGCUGACACCGAUCGAUCUUUCGUCUGGUUACAGCCUUCCGAAGGUCAACAUGGCCGACAUGAUCAAAAGUCCGAUGGAUCUUAGCGAGGUGCAGGACUUUUCGAUCGGCAAGAAGAGCAAGCCAAGCAACGAUCUCUACGGUAGUGGCAGUGGAAGCAGCCGUGGACUCUCAUCCACCAGCAUCAGUAUUACAAGCGCCGGCGGAGGUGGUGGUGGUUCUUCAAUGCAAUCGCCAUCGGCGGCAGUGGCUGCAGCAGCAGCGGCCGGCAAAGGAAAGCUCAACGAUAUGCUUUCGAAGCUGAUGAAGAAGAACAACGUAAGCGUUCCGAUUGAGGAGCCUCCGCUGGGUAAGGAAAAGAAGCGCAGGAAGCUGGACGAAAUUGUACUAGGGUUGUCGGCUGCCAAGGAACAGAAGACGAUCUUUGGUGAUCCGACACCUCCUGGAGGAAGCUUCUCCGGCAGUUCGAUGAAGAAGCCGCAAAUUCCGCCAAGUGUGUCGGUCACUCCAGCGAGUGCCCCGUCUUCCGUUAGUCAACAACCGCCGCAGAAACCGUUCACCAUCACGGUGACAAGUGUGCCAGGAACUUCCAAGAGCGGUGGCCAGGGAUCGUCAAGUUCCAACUCGAACAGUGGUUUGGCAGCGUUGCAGAACAUGUCCGGUAUGGGCGCCCUCUCGACUAAGGAUAGCUUGAAUGCGUUGUUCGCUCAAGCAGCUCAAGCCGAACAACAGGCGUUUUUGAAGCAGCAGCAAAAGAUAAUCCAGUCGUUGCCGGCGAAUUCUCCGCAACGAAAGGCAUACGAGGUGAUGUUCGCCGAAAUGAAACAGGCGGCGGAACUCAGCUCGAAGCUCGGUCAAUACGGUUCAGCUCACGAUGCCAAGGUCAACAAAUGGUUGGCUGAGCAAACAGCCGCCCUCACUGAGCAUGCCAUAGGAAUGGAUUAUUUAUCGAGAUCAUCUCGAAGAUCGUCGUCUACAUCGCAGUCGCAAGCAACAACGCCCACUUCGUCUAGAUCAACGAGGAAUUCUGGAAGUAGUCUUCAGCAACAACAUCAUGCUCAGCAGCAGCAACAACAGCAACAGCAGCAGCAGCAACAACAACAGGCGGACAACAAUCCAAUGGCUUUCAAUUGGAAGAACCUUACUGGAGAAGAAUACGUUUCAGUCAUCAAUAAGAUCAACGGCAAACGUCUAACCGGUAACAAGGCACCUCAACUGAAGCGACUAACUCAAUGGCUUCACGACAAUCCUCUAUACGAAAUUGACCCGAAAUGGGCGGAGUCCAUCACCCUUCCCCCUGGUCCCAUGUCAAUGUCGAAGCCAUCGCCUUCCGAUUCCGGAAGCCCCUCAUCCAGUUCUUCAAAACAGAUGAGAUCAUCGUCAUCAUCCUCGUCGCCAAUGGCAUCCCAGGGAGCAGGUCAGUACGGAAGCAGUGCAGGUGGCAGCGGGCAGCAAUCUUCGUCAACGCCGUCGAAGAAGCAUGGAAGCAGCAGCGCGGCCAAUAUGCAAUUCCCGGGACUUGCGGGAUUGAACGCCAACUUGUUGUCCAGCAUUCCUGGAUUGGGAAGUUUCGAUCCCAAGAAUCCGCUGCUGGGAAUGCCAUUUGGUGGAAUGCCAGGUUUGGCCGGUCUCGGUGGACUAGGAAACUUGAACAACAUGAAUCUCUUUGCUAGUUUGGCCGGACUACCGGGUCUAUCCGGAAUGGACGCUCAGAGCUUGGCUGCAAUGAUGGCUGCCGCGGGAUUGGAUCCCACUACGGCUUUGGCUGCUGCAGCUGGUGCUACUCCUCCGAAAGCUGGAAGUAGCAGUUCCAGCAAGUCAAGGAAACCUGAUGGAUCGAGUUCUUCAUCGUCCUCGCAACAGAGCUCGAGCAAGAAUUCCAAUUCUCAACAGCAGGCAGCAGCCGCGGCGGCAGCUGCUGCAGCUGCCAACAGUCAGUUCCCGUUCUUCUUCCCGAAUCCAAGUCUCCUGUACACCCCACUUGGACUGGGUGGAUUGAAUCCAUACGGUAUUCCGGGAGCAGGCUUGGGAACAAGCGGAAUCACGACAAGUACGACAUCCUCUCCAACGACCUCGCGGCAAUCGCAGUCCAAGCAGAGCAGUUCCCGAGGAAUGAGUGCCGGUUCUCAGCAGUCGGCUGCUUCUCCGGGCAGCAAAUCAAGCAGGAGUUCCAGCUUGACAAGUCAACAGGCAGCGGCUGCCCAGCAAGCUGCAUUGGAAGCGGCACAGCUCCAACAGCUUUUGCUUCCGCAUGAUAAACAUCUGUUGGACUCGCUGACAAGAUCUGCUGGCUUGGAUAUCAGCCAAAGUUCCAGAAGCAGUGGUUCCAGUGCGGCCGAUAAGCGUGCGAGGGAAAGUUCCGCCGCCCAACAAGCCAACAAACAAGCGCUGGAAAAACUGGAGCGCGAAAGAAGGAAGAUCUUGGAAACGCUGUCGCAGGGAGCGUUCCCGUCGGACUUGGCGGCGAUGCAGGCGUUUGCAACCGGUAAAAUGCCAGGUACGUCGUCAUCGUCUUCGUCCGGACAUGGUUCAUCGUCAAAGAGCAGCAGCAGUAGUGCAGCUGCAGCAAAUGCAUCAGCCGCUGCAGCAGCAGCCGCAGCGGCCGCAGCUAUGAGCAAAGACCUACAAUUACCCUUAACGCCAGAGUUCAGCCAGGCUUUGUUCGCUGAAAUGGCAGCGCAAGCCUUGUCCGCUAGUGGCGCUACUGGUUCUUCUCCGUCAGCUUCCUCUUCAGCUUCCAAGAAAUCUCGGGAUCAAGAACUGAAGGAAGCAUUCGAACAGUUGAGUAAACAUCCGAUCGAACUGCUGGCGAGAAGUUUGGGUGUUGGUCCUGCGAUAUCGCUCAUCCCAACAUCGUCGUCGUCUUCGUCGACGUCGGAUUCCAAGAGGACAACAUCCUCUUCGCGGCACGACACGCAACAACAGCAACUACAGCAUCAUCUAUCCAAGCUCGAUCCCAAGACCCUCAUGAUGAGCGGCAUGGGAUCUCAGCAGGAUGAAAUGAAGAGCCCCCGAACCAGAUCUUCAACCGAUUCGAUGGCCAGCAUCGAUAAGGUGACGUUGACCCCGGUGGCGGCAGCCAGCAUAGCAGCUUCGCUGCCAUCACAGACGACGAUUUCGUUGGCAUCGCCGGUGGGAAUGCCCGGUGCCUCGUCUUCAUCCGGAUCAGCAUCCGGUACGUUGAACUUGAGUGCCAAGAGCCCGGCGGCUAUGUCGACAUCGUCGACUUCAAGCAUCGGCGAUCGGGAACGGGAUCGAGAUCGAGACCGUGAACGGGAACGCGAGAGAGAACGAGAGCGAGAACGAGAUCGCGAGAGGGAACGUUCGGAAAGAAUGGCCGAAAGAGUAGAACGAGCCGAGCGGAAUGAACGUAGCUUGCGAUCCACGGAUAUGGCGGCAGACUUGAGUAAGAGUUCGACGAGUUCUACCACAUUGACCCCGACCACGGUUACACCUCAGAAUCUCUCUACAUCAUCGUCGACAUCGAAUUCGGUCCCGACUCCAUCGGUGACGGUAGUGGACACCGCUCACAAUCAAGAAAUGGACCUAGAGGACUUGAUAGCCCCCUCAAAGCUAUCCAAGUCGGGCAACGUUCUGAAUGAUGAGGAUGAUCCUCAGAAGCAGAUCAUGCUGCUGAAGCAAAAGCAGAAGCUUCUACAGCAAGAACAAAUGAAGAAGCUUCAGGAGGCACAGGAAGCUCAACGGAUCAUGGAACAGCAAAGGAUAGCGGAGCAGAAGAAAAUGCUAGAGGAGCAGCAACAACAGGCGAAAGAACAACAUGAGCAAGAGCAAGCUCAUGCCCGUGAGCUGAGGCACAAGCGGCGUAGAGAACGUGAGGAAAGCGAAAGAGCGCAGCGCAGCCGUCAAGACGUCGAACAACCUGCUCCCGUUCAUGAAGAACCGAUUCAGCCAGAGGUCGAUCAUCGGCAACAGCAAGAAGAGCUUGAGGCACCUCAGCAGAUGGAAAUGGCCCCUCUCGAAUUGCACCAACAACAAAGUGAAGAACAACAUCAUGAGCAAGAUCAACAACAACAACAUCACGAAGAGGCCGCUGACCGCCACGAACGUCGUGCUUCCCGACGGAGUCAACGCCAUUCCACGGAGCAACAGCCGUCGGAGGAGCUGAACGAAAAACCCUCAGCAGAGUGUUUGGCGACGGCAUCGACGAGGAAAUCCACUCGAGUCAGUACGGACGCAGCCAGUUCUUCAGGCGGGGAAUCCAACAGUGCCCCGACGUUGACUCCGACGGCCGGUGCUGGAGGUCGAAGGGCCACACGGUCGAAGCGACGAAGAAGCGGCGAAGAUCUGGAUCAGACCGUCGGAGUUCCGGAGCGGAAGCGCGAGUUGCGGUCCAGUGCGGGAAGACAGGCGGCCGCAGCGGCAGCACGGAUGGCGGCGGAAGCAAAGGCGGCCGCGGCCGCUGCGGCGGCAGCAGCUGCCGCCGCGCAGUCCGAGGGUUCGCUGAAUCUGUCGAAGGAUCAGCAGCAGGACCACCCGGAAAAGGAGGAACAGCAACCCAUUUGAUUAAAAAUGAGUAAAUGACGCUUAUAAUUUUAGGUUGACAGUUUUUGUUUGUUUUUAUAGGAAGUUUUAGGCGGUUGAUAUUAAGUGAAAAAAGUGUUUCUUUUUUCGAUAAUAGUGUAUACAUACUGUAGUGAAUGGAGGACGAAGUCAUACGAGGGGAUACAAUGUGACGUAUAAUUGUAAUUUAUUUGAUGGCAGGUGAAGAAGAAGCAGAUGUGAAGUAAUUGUGGUAGACAGUUAAAACAGAAACAUCAGUAGGAUUAAUAAAUUUAGGCUUCGUUUGGGUCUAAGAUGCUCUAGUUGUUACUUGUUAAUUUACAAUUCAGGAAAAAGCACGCUUUCAAUGGUAAUCUUAGAAUGAUCAGCUGUGAGCAUUCUUGUGGGGGAUUGCGAUUGAGACCCAGUUCUUUUAGCCUGUGACAAACGCAAGUCAUCAUCAAGCAUCUUUUACCUAAAGCGAAGUGCUUUGAAAUCUUCUGAAAACAAAAAAAAACGAACUACCCCUUAAAAUCUGUUAUAUUCGUGUACUAUAAUCAAUGUCUUAGUAAAAAAAUAAGCUAAAACAAUUAAAAACGCAAAUCGUGUAAAAAAAACUAGCUGUCGCGGCUUAGUAUAGAUUACUUUUCCUUGUGUUAUCAUUGACGGUGAUUUGUUGAAUUUGCAUUAACAAAUCAGCAAUUGUUCCAUGGAAAGAUUCGCCAGGAACAUGGUUCCUACGAUUCUUCAAAAACACAACAAUUUCAUAGAAAAAAAAGUUGAUGGAUUUUAGAAUCCACAUCAUUUAAAUCAAUUUUCAUUUGUUUUUUUUUGUAAAAUGUAAGUUUUUAUCAAGUUUUUUGCAGUUAAUUAUGUAUCGAUGGACGAUGGACAUCGCGCCCAAAAUCGGUCGAAACAAAGGUAAACCAUUUGACCAUUGUAAGAACGACAAGUGCCGACUUGUACCGCGUUGCGUCUUGUGAAUGUCUUUUGCAGAAACAGAAAGAAACCUACCUUGUUUCGUUUCUUUUGUAAGAAUCACACUUGAAAUUCUAAAUCCUUUUUUUUUUUCUACGAAAUUGUUGAAUCAUGGAAAUUGAACACAAAGAUAAGGGGAAGUGUAAAAACAAUAAAAUUCAAAAAAUAUAGACAAGCAGGCUUGUUGAAACAAGCGAGAGAGUACUGUUUAGCUUAACUAACUAGCACUUAAUGAACAAAACAAAAGCAGAAUCAAAGCAUCUUAAUUUAUUAUCCCGUUUUUUGUUCGUCACAGCAAAUACAAAAAAAAAACAAUGUAAAUAUCAAACCAAGCUAAUUUUAACUUGUAGCAAUUUAUCUUCAAUGUAGAAAUCGAUUAAUCUCGAUGCAAAAUAAAAAUCAUGAAAAUAUUUCACAAAACAAAAAA